AAUUAUGAAGCUUGUUUGGUCGCCGGAGAGAGCUUCCAAAGCGUAUAUCGACACAGUUAAAUCAUGCGAGAUUUACAGCGAAUUCGGCGUCGCGGAACUUCUCUCCGCCAUGGCCGCCGGCUGGAACGCAAAACUCAUCGUCGAGACUUGGUCGUACGGAGGUCCGGUAGCCACGAGCGUCGGCCUCGCCAUCGCCGCUGGCCACACCGGUGGACGUCAUCUCUGCAUCGUUGCCGACGAACGGUCGAGAUCGAAGUACGUGGAGGCGAUGCGGGAGGGCGGAGUGUCGUCGCUGCCGGAAAUUGUGAUUGGAGACGCUGAGGCGGUGGCGGCGGAGGUGGAGGGGGUGGAUUUUCUUGUGGCGGAUUGUAGGGGGAAGGAUUUUGCUAGGGUUUUGAGGGUUGUGAGGGCGAGUGAAAGAGGGGCAGUUUUGGUAUGUAAAAAUGCAUGGGAACGAAAGGUGUUGGGGUUUAGAUGGCAAGGGGUGCUUCGGAAAGGGACACGUGUCGUUAAGUCUGUUUUUUUGCCGGUGGGACGGGGGUUGGAAAUUGCUCAUAUUGGAAGCGCCGGUGGAAGUUCGAACUCGGCGGCGAAUGGUGGCCGUUGGAUCAAACAUGUUGAUUUACGGUCAGGGGAGGAACACGUGUUUCGUGAAUGAGAUCCUUGACGACCAUGAAAGCGUGGCGAAGUGGAGAGAGAUAUUUAUUUGCCUUCUUUUUUCCUUUUUUUUAUUAUACAAAUAAUGUAAAUUACAUGUGUUCAAGGUUUUGAAAUUGAAAUAAUUAGAUUCAAACU